UAUCUUUAUAUAUUCACAUUAUGUUAGCAUCGAUAAAAAACUAUCGAUAACAUUUGAAAUUAUCGAUAAUUAUAGAACGAAUUUAAACGAAAUAAAUUAUCGAUUAUUAAAAACUCGAUUUAUUAUCGAUAGUUUUUCACUAUCGACUUAACUGUAAUUGUAUUAACCCUAAAGUAAAUGAUUUUUAUUAAUUUUUAUUUUAAAAAUGGCUGCGUUAAAAACGACUGUAAAUCUGUCAAAGAAAUUAUUUGUGAGAAAUAUAAUGCUUACGUCUUUCGCUAGAAAAUAUGAUAAAAUUGUUGAUACACCAUAUGAAGAGCUUUUACAAAAUGAGUUGUCUGUUUCUCAGAAAAAAUAUAUGCCAGGCUUAUAUCCAAAAACAAAAGAAGAAAUGAAAGCAGCUGCAGAAAAAUAUGGUUUGCAUCCUGAUGAAUAUAAACCUUGUGAUCCAGACACCAAUUAUGCAGGAGACUAUCCAGAUUUACCAUUUAUAAGUGUAGAGGCUAAAGAUCCAUUUUAUCCUUGGGAUUUCCCUGCAUUAAGAAGAAAUUUUGAGGAACCGUUUCAUAAAGAAUCAAAUAUGUUAUUUGGAGAUCGCUAUGAAUAUGGUGUUCGUCAAAUUGUUGAACCACAUAAGGCUUUUCCAAUUUUUUGUGCUAUUAUGGCUGUUUCUGCAUUAAUUUUUUACUAUUCAUGGACUAUAAGUCAACCUUUAAUGGAAAAACAAUAUCCGGGAGAAGGAGUGCAUUAUACUUUUGAACUAAAAUAAUCAAUUAUAAAUGUAAUAAAAUAUAUAUAGUAAUAAUAUAUGUAUGUAUGUUAUUGUAUUAUAUGUAAAAUAUUAUAUCUAAUAUUGCA